GUUGGACACACCUGUGCUGCAGGUAAGAAGAGCUUAAGUGCGUCAGACCGCAGAGCUCCGUCUGAUCUCCUCCCGUCUCUCUCUCACAGUUUAAAAUGCUCCAUGCUCCUGACAUGUAAAUGGCGUCGAAGGUGCGUGAUGCUGUGCUCUGGUACCAGAAGAAGAUCGGUGCGUAUGACCAGCAGAUAUGGGAGAAAUCAGUGGAACAGCGAGAGAUCAAGCAGUUUAUCAGACGGGGUCUGAGGAACAAACCGAAGAAGACCGGUCACGUGAAGCCGGACCUGAUUGACGUGGAUCUCGUCAGAGGUUCUGCGUUUGCUAAAGCGAAGCCCGAGAGCCCGUGGACCUCUCUGACCCGAAAGGGCAUCGUCAGAGUGGUUUUCUUCCCCUUUUUCUUCCGCUGGUGGAUUCAGGUGACGUCGAGAGCCGUCUUCUACCUGCUGCUGUCUCUCUACCUGCUGCAGGUGCUGGCGGCCGUGUUGUUUUUCAGCAUCUCCAGUCCUCACAGCGUCCCCGUCACCGAGGUGUUUGGAGCCAUCUGGCUGAUGCUGCUGUUAGGAACCGUUCACUGCCAGAUCGUCUCCACACACACUCCUAAAGCCAGCGGCGGCAUCGGUGGGAAACGCCGCAGGAAGUUGAGGAAAGCGGCUCAUUUGGACAUUCAUAGAGAAGGCGACGGCUCUAGCACUACUGAUAACACACAGGAGGGGGCGCCGCAGGGCUCGCUGUCUGCCGGCUCACGCGGCCUCGUGGCUUUCUUCAGAGAUUUCUGGCAUGGUAUCUUUAAAGCGGGGUCCAAAAAGUCCAAGCUGUCCAUCGAUAAGUCUACAGAGACGGACAAUGGAUACGUGUCUCUGGACGGACGCAACACCAGCAAAAGCAGCGAGGAGGGUUUACAGCUGCAUGAUCCUCACUGCGACCUGCUGCGCUCCGAGACGCACUGGAGCCUCCCGCACAACAGACACCAGCUGAUCCUGCCGCCCACGGGCAAGUGUCUGUCUGAGGCUGCAGUUCCUCAAGCGGCGGAGAACAUGUCGGGUGAAGCAUCCAGUGAAGAAGACCCAGAGAACUACAGCGCCCUCCGCAGAGGAGUGGAGCACAAGAACAGCGACUGUACGCUGCGCAACAGAAAAGCUCACCCCUACAAGAAGCAUUACACUGCUGAGGAGACGCUGAAGUCGGGCACCAGCUGCAGCUCGCGGACGCAGGACUCUGAGAGCGCGCGGCACGAGUCCGAGACGGAGGAUGUUCUGUGGGAGGACUUCCUGCACUGCGCCGAGUGCCGCUCCUCCUGCAGCAGCGAAACAGACGCCGACGGAUCCGCAGCCUGUUCUGCCUCUAAGAAAGAGUUCAGAGACGACCCGUUUCAUCAGGGUCACGUGCCGUGGCUCCACAGCUCUAAUCCGGGCCUGGAGCGCGUCAGCGCCAUCGUGUGGGAAGGAAACGAAUGCAAAAAAGCAGACAUGUCUGUGCUGGAAAUCAGCGGCAUGAUAAUGAACAGGGUCAAUCUGUACACUCCAGGCAUCGGCUAUCAGAUCUUGGGGAAUCUGGUGUCUGUGACGCUGGGUUUGACUCCAUUUGCGUACAGAUUGUUCCAGCACAAAGAGCCGGAGCAGCUGGCGUCUCUAUCGGCCGGUGAGCUGGUGUCUGUGGCCUUCGGCUCGUCCGCUGACGCUCUGGUGAUGGCGAUGGUGAGCGUGAGCUUCGUGGUGCGCGUCUGUCUCAUCUGGCUCUUCUUCUUCUUGCUCAGCGUCGCUGAGAGGACAUACAAGCAGCGGCUGCUGUUUGCGAAGUUGUUUGGUCACUUGACAUCGGCGCGGAGAGCCAGAAAAUCAGAGGUCCCUCAUUUCCGGCUGAAGAAGGUGCAGAACAUUAAGAUGUGGCUGUCGCUGCGCUCUUACCUGAAGCGUCGAGGUCCGCAGCGCUCGGUGGACGUGAUCGUCUCCUCUGCGUUUCUGCUCACGCUCUCGGUGGUCUUCAUCUGCUGCGCUCAGCUGCUUCACGUGCACGAGACGUUUCUGGAGUUUCACUAUAACUGGGAGCUGGUGAUCUGGUGCGCCUCGCUGUCGCUGUACCUGCUGAGAUUCGUCACGCUGGGCUCAGAAACCAGCAAGAAAUACAGCAACACCUCCAUCUUACUCACAGAACAGAUUAACUUGUACUUGAAAAUGGAAAAGAAACCAAAUAAGAAAGAAGAACUCACUCUGGUCAACAACGUCCUCAAACUGGCCACCAAAUUACUGAAGGAGUUGGACGCUCCGUUCCGUCUGUACGGUCUGACCAUGAAUCCUCUGCUGUAUAACAUCACUCAGGUGGUGAUUCUGUCGGCCGUGUCGGGGGUCAUCAGUGACCUGCUGGGCUUCAACCUGAAGCUGUGGAAGAUCAAAUCAUGACGGUGAAUCUGCAGUGAUUUCAGCUUCCCGAGGCGAUGCGCGUCUCAAACACACGGUGGCGCUGUUUCCCCUCGACGGCUUCCUGACAAUGAACUCUUGACCUGUUGUUCGGUCAUAUCAGAGUGCUUGUGCAAUUCAGCUAUUUAUUUGACCCUUUCAGUGUUUUUUGUUAUUCUCAAGUAUUUGUUUUAGCUGUUACAAUUGUUUUAAGUAUUAUUUUAGCUCCUGAUGUGACGUUCUCAUAGGAAAGAUAAUCCAGCGCUUGUGCACGUGUCAGAUUUACAGUCUGAUCUGUGAUAUUUAAGAUUGCUGUGAGUUACUGAAACCAAGAGAAAAGCCCAAUCAUGACGUGACGAUCAUUGUGGAAUGGAUGAAUCUGACACACACACACACGGAACUGCUGUUUUUACACGCGUGUGAGUUUCUUUAGUUGAUCUGCAGUUUUUCAGCUUUGUUUUAUUCUCAGCAAUAAGUGUCAGUGAGUUCAGAUGAACAUUGCUGCAUCUGACCAUGCACUGAUUCAGGAGCUUCACGUGUGGUCUCACGUGUGUGUGUGUGUGUGUGUGUGUGUCAGUUAGGAAAGCCUCAAAAUGUGCACUUUAAAGCAGAAAAUGUUACAUGUUUCAAAGAGUCAGAGUCAACAUUUCAGUCUUAGCAUUUUGUGUUUUUAUACGUGACACGGGACAGACGGCGUAACGACCAAAGUGUGUGUGUGUGUUUGUCUGUUUCUUGCUGGAGAUUAAUGUAUUAGAGACUCUUUGCACUGCUUUGUAACUUUUUUUGUUGUGAUUUAGUUUUUCUCUGUUUUGGGGUUGAUUCAUAUAGAUUCAUAUUUCUGUUCAUGGAGGGAAAAUGUUCCUGUUACAAAGAAACACUAUUUAAGGAAAAAGGGAAAUGGAGAAACUGAAUGUCUGGUUUUUUAGAGAGACUCUAGUGUUUCUAGUCUCUGUCAGACAUUCAGCUGCGUUUUUUCUCUCUGCUUCACGAGACUCUUGUGCUGGUGUCACUUAUAAUUCAACACACUGUACAAAAUAAAUCUUUCAUGGAAA